AUGAAUACAAUAAUCUUACAAAAUACUAAGAAUAUCGAUCAUGUUCGUUUCAAUUUAACACUUGUUCGACAUGCGGCCACACGUGCGAAUGCUGAAGGUACUAUUCAAGGUUUAAUAGAUACUGAAUUAUCCAAUAUUGGCCAUCUUCAAUCACAAGCACUUGGUCAAUAUCUUCAAUAUCAUCGUUUUUCACACAUCUAUUCCAGCGACUUAAAACGAGCAGCUGAAACAGCUCGUCAAAUUCGUGCAUUCAAUCGUGUAUCAUCAUGCAAAAUACAAUACGAUUCUUUAUUACGCGAACGAAUGUAUGGUAUUGCGGAAGGUCGAACACGACAAUGGUUACGUGAAUUAGCAAAAGAAAGUGGUAUUCCAUAUGUAAAUUUUACACCUCCAGGUGCUGAAAGUACAGCUCAAGUGCGUGAACGUGUUAUAAAAUUUUUUCGAAAUUUAUGUCAUGAACUUCUUAAAAACUCUCGUACAAAUUUAUCAGUAAAAUUUUAUAUACCUAAUUCAUUAUCACAAGAAAAUAAUGAACAAUCUUUAUUACGUAGUAUUUCAUCAGAAAAUUUUAUUUCAUCUCAACAAACAAUAACAAAUUUAAUUCGUAAACGUUCAUUAUCAACAGGAAAUAUUCAAAUUAAAUUAAUAACUAAUAUGAUAAAAACAACAUCAUAUCAAUCAUCAUCUUUUGAUUCAGCACUUGAUCUCUUAUCUGUAUCAUCUGAUCAACAAUCAAUAACAUCAUCCAUAUCACUUCUUUCACGUCGUAGUAGUUUUGAAAAACAACAAAAUUUAUCUAAAGAUUUAUUACAUUCAUCAUAUAAAAAUAAUUUUUCUGAUUUUGAUAUACUUAUUGUUACUCAUGGAGCUAUUAUACGAGAAUUUAUUAAAUAUUUUGUCUAUGAUUUACAAGUAGAUAUAGGACAAUAUUUAGAUACUAUACAAGAUAUAGCACCAAAUACAUCCAUAACACGUUUUAAAGUAACUUAUUCAAUUAAUGACGAUCUAAAUUCAAUGACUACAAUUAAACUUAUUGAUUAUCAUAAUAAAACACAUUUAAUUAAUUCUAAUAAUGAUAAAUACAAUUUAGAUGUAGUCAAUAAAUGUAGUUUGUAA